GCAAGUGUAAAGUGUAACCAGUCCUGGACGGACGGUCAAUCCGGUGCCUCGUUCUCUCGAUCAAGAUCGAUCGAUUGGAUUUGUCGCGUGAGCAAAGUCAUCGGGAAGAAAACAAAUCGAGAGAAAAAAAGUGAUUUAGCCGGUGUGCGAAUUUUGGAUUACCCUUUCUCGCGAGGUAACAAAAUAAUUUCGUGAGGCAGGGCUUUAGAACAACACAAUGUCGGCAGCUGUAAGAGAGCGGACGACGACGCACACCAGCAGGAAGCUCGUGACUCAUGGCGGUCCUAUAUCUGGCCAGAGAGACGGAGCAGCUACGGCUAGCAGCCUCGAAAACAACUUGGACGCACUUCUCGAGGAUCUACAGACGAGUGUCUCGAGAAGUGCCACUCCUAGUCGAGACAGAGCACUCGCACCCCAAGUCGAAUAUCGGGUAGCUGCCAACCCUAUUAGAGUAUUCUCCGAGGGAGGCAGACCUAUAUCUCCAAAUCGUUCAAAGGUGACUACCACUGAAAAAUUUGUGAGCACUGGACCAACCGGCACGUCUAGCGGCAUCCCGGGAUUAGAAUUUCUAGACGAGGAACUGAAAGACGUCCAACCCGGUCAGAGCAAAACGAUAGCGUACAAACAGGUGUCGUAUCAAUACAACAAGGACUUGGACGGGAAACCAGAUUCGUGGGCCAUAUCAGAAAACAAACGGCCUGGCGCGCCCUUGAUUGACGACAUCCAUGAAACUUCUUACGAGGAAACUAAGACUCCAGCUUUAUCUACAUAUCAAAGUCCAGAACCGAUUAUUAAAAAAUCAGUGGUCAACAGAGAACUGAUCUAUGGCGACAGUUCAACGUCUCAUUCGAAACAAACCUCUCCUCUGUCAGGAACUCAGAGGGAUGUCAAGUACAUCCAAGAAACUAGUUCCUACCAAGCUGAUCCACGAUCGACUCAAAGCGUAACUACAGUACGCACGAGUACACCGCAAGAAUACAAAACUAUCGAAUACGUGUCGACGCCAAGUCCGGCGAUACCGAUCAACCUGCAACCAGGUCCAAACACGAAGGUAACCACCACGAUCAAGACGUACACGUACGAAUUGCCAGGAUCGCCGGAAACCUAUUUACCAGGUGGCAGUGUGCCAAGGGGAAACGUUGUGCUGCCCGGUGAUCAAACUAUCACGUACACCUUACCAGGGAGAAGCAGCACAACUGCAACUACUGACAAGACGGUCACCUAUCAAACCGUGACGGAGAAUGUACCUCCCGAUCCCCCGGUCAGAUACAAUAGCCCGACGUCGACCGAUGUCACCGAGAAGUCCACGACCAUUCAUAAGGAGGCGAAAUUCUAUCGCGAGGAACUUCUCGACGAUCGUCCCGGUUGGAAGCCUUCCAACGUUUACCAACGCAACGCGCCAACGCCAACAAAUCUGGAGACCAAGACCACCGUGACCGAGAAGUACUACCAGGUCGACGAUAAUUAUCCCAACGGUCACGGACCGGUCGAUCGUCCGGAUUAUCCCAGGAUAUAUCAGAAUCAACCUCCUACCGUUGAACACACCAAGAGCAUCAAACGGAUCGAGGAGUACAGAUCGGACAGGCAUCCGACGUCCGAUAAAUCGGACAAAGUGACGACGACGGCUUAUUGGGGUCCACCCAAUACGACGAUUUACAAAUUCUCGAAUACUACGACGACGGUACCGCCGGGCAAGAAUGCGGAUGAUCACGAGGUCCUCCUGCCGAAACCGUUUCCGACCGGUGUCCAAAUGUAUCCCACUAAGCCAACCAGCAACGGCGAAGGACCACCGGCAAAACUCGAAGACCUCAUGGCUUCCUUCUCCGACUCUGAGCGUGAAGUAUUGGAGGAUAUAGAGAGGCAAGAACGUCAGAAUAUCAAAGGAUCAUCAUCCAAGAAGAAAGAAGUCGAUUUUAUCCCGCAUACUCCGCCGAAGGUCAAAAGCAAGAAUGUUGCCGGCCCACCGGUCUAUUAUCCUCCUGGCUCGGCAGAAUUCACCAAGAAGGAAGAAUCUAGUGCAGCCAUGUCGCAAGCUAGUGGAGGAUGGCAAAAGGCAAGCGGAAAGUAUGAAUAUGAGGCUUCUAGCAAAAGCAAAACCAAAACCAGCAAGGGAGGUGCAGUCGUCCCAGUUUGCCUGCCGUUAUGCUGCGCAUUGCCAUGCGUUAUUAUGUAAUUUAAUUUUUGCAUUAACAUAUAUAUAUUAAUUAAGCACAUAAUACGGUCUGAAACAUCUAAUAUCACAAUAUAAUAAAGAAAAAUAUAGCCUGCAACAGAUAAGAACAAGAAUUAAAUACAAAACUAUACAUAGUUUAUGUUUAGAGCACGUUAUAAGUUCUUUUUUUUAUAUUUUUUGUCACUAAUAAGUACAGCCAUUUAAAUUACAUAUUCUGCUUUUUUCUUUCGAGAUCUAAACAUAUAUAUAUACAUGUCUUUUAGUUUUCUUAUUUUAAAUAUAAAAAA